AUGAGCGCGUCCUCGAGGGCGAAGGUGCUGCCGCUGCUGCUGCGGUCCUCGCUGCUGGCCCGGCACGCCGGCGAGACGGCGGCCCGGGCGGGGAGGAGCUGCUGCUAUUCAUCCUCAGCAGCACCGGCGGCGGCGGCGGCGGGUCGUGCAGCCCGGGUCAGAACAGCUCGAUAUCAUCCCUCCCCCUCGCGGGGUGUUGGUGCUGCGGCGGGCGUGAGGUGGAGCAGCACGUACGGCGGCAGCAGUGCGUCCUCGGAGGCGGGCGAGAGCGUGGCGAGCUCGCAGACCUCGCUAAGCAGCGAGGAGAGCGUCAACGGGACGCCGGCGUUUGCGUUUGCGUUUGACAUCGAUGGUGUGCUCUUGCAUACUUCUAAGCCGAUUCCGGGUGCAACUGAGACUCUCAAGUUCCUCCAGCGGAAUAACAUCCCGUUUAUCCUCUUGACGAACGGAGGAGGCAAGUCUGAGGCCGAGCGGGUGGCCGACCUGACGAACAAGCUCGGCGUGGACCUUGACGUGUCCAAUUUUGUGCAGAGCCACACCCCUUAUCAGAAGCUUCUUGACCCUGGUGCGGAACUGGGCCACCCAGAACUAGAGGGGUAUCUCGAGAAAUCACUCGGCAGCAAGAGGUUCUCAGGGAAGGAGACGGUGCUCGUCCUGGGCUCAGACGCCUCCAAGGCGCGGCGCAUCGCCAACGGGUACGGCUUCGAGUCGGUGGUCACGCCGGGGGACAUUCUCAAGGCGUGCCCUGAGAUCUUCCCAUUCGACCCGCUGCGCGAGUUCUACGACAAGCAGGAGAUCCUGCCACUCCCAAAACCCAUCUACAACCCCAGCGCCGACCCGGCCGUGAGGCUGGAGGACUGCCUCAAGAUCGACGGCAUACUGACCUUCAACGACCCGCGCGACUGGGCCGUCGACAUCCAGCUCAUCACGGACCUGCUGCUGUCGCACAGGGGCUACCUGGGCACGUACAGCAGCAAGAACGGCGACCCGUCCGUGCCGGCCGGGGAGCGCUGGCAGGCCGACGGCCAGCCGCCGCUCAUCUUCAGCAACGUCGACAUGCAGUGGAGCACGGGCUACCACCUGUCGCGGCUGGGCCAGGGCGCGUUCCGCGCCGCGGUGCGCCGCGUCUGGCAGCAGCUGACGCCCGGGUGGCGGCCGGGGAACCUCAAGACGUUCGAGUUCGGCAAGCCCUGGGCCGCCACGUACGCCCACGCGUGGGCCACGCUCGAGCAGCACCGCCUGCGCCUCGGCAACGGGCCCCUCGAGGCCGUCUACAUGGUCGGCGACAACCCGGAGAGCGACAUCCGCGGCGCGCACAUCUGGAACUCGCACGGCAGGGGCACAGGCGUCGCGCAGAAGACCGCGUUGGGCCCGGUCUGGAGGUCGUGCCUCGUGCGCACGGGGGUCUGGAAGGAGGAGGUGGCGCCGCUCGAGCGCCUGGGGAAGGCCAGGACGCCUUACCGUGUUGUGGACGAUGUCCGCGCCGCGGUGGAGCUUGCGCUGAAGGAGCAUAAGUGGCCGGGCGGGAUGGAGUGA